AAAACCCCGCCCGGGUAGCCUCCUCACCAGUCGCCACCCCGUCGUGCAUCGCCAUUCAGCUCCGUCCGCGCGCCCUGCUCUCGUUGCGUCGUCGAGGUCGGCACGUAGGCUAAUUAGUUGGGUGGCCAUGACGAUGCUGGGGCAGCCACAGGCGCAGCCGGCGGCGGCGUUCGGGGACACCACGCUGACCAAGGUGUUCGUGGGCGGGCUGGCGUGGGAGACGCACAAGGACACCCUCCGCGAGCACUUCGAGCGCUUCGGCGACAUCCUCGAGGCCGUCAUCAUCUCCGACAAGCUCACCGGCCGCUCCAAGGGCUACGGCUUCGUGACGUUCAAGGAGGCGGAGGCGGCCAAGAAGGCGUGCGAGGACGGCACCCCGGUCAUCAACGGCCGCCGCGCCAACUGCAACCUCGCCUCCCUCGGCGCCAAGCCGCGGCCCCAGCCGCCGCACCUCCUCCGCCCCUCGCCGCCGACCACCCCGGCGCCGCAUCACAUGCCAGCGCUCCCGUCCCCUCACCGCCAGCCCGCGCCAGCAGCCAUCGCGGUGGGGUCCAGGGGCGUGUCGCCGGUGCCGUGGUACUACCACCCUUCCACGACGCCGCCGCCGCCGCCGCAGGCCGCGCACUACGGCCACGGCGCUCACCAGCAGUACCACGGCGUCCUCCCGUUCUACCCCGCCGCCGCCAACUACGGCUACUCCCCAAACUACGUCACUGACCUGAGCUACAACGCGCAGAAGCUGGGCCAAGCGGCGGCGGCAGCGGCGCCUGGCGCGGGCGGGUCCUACAUGCAGCCGCAGGGGCACUUCUCGUACCCGCCGGCGGCGGCGCAUGGAGGCAUGCUCGCGCCCAACGGCAUGAUGCCCGUGUACCCCUACUACCACUACCACUACCACGGCUCGCAGGGGCUGGGCGUCCCGGCCGCGCACUUCUUCCCGCCGGUCUCCGCCGCCGUGCCCACCGUGCCCGCCAUCAUCUCAAAGCCCACAGUCAUGGUGCCUUCCAAAGUGGAGCAGGUGGCUGGGUGCAGCUGAAGCCACGGUGACGGUGCGAGGAGUUAAAAGGAGGCCAACCAAAGGUGCUCGCCCGAGAUCUGUCUGUCUGAUUAUAACAAGCUGCUGCACAAGAAGAAGAAGAAGAAGAAGAAGCAGCGCUCGUCCACGUUCAAUUCGUUCAAUUCCCUCUAACUCCGUGCGCCCAUGGGGUGGGCGCACGGCCCAGCAAAGUCUGUAACAAAGAUUCAUUCCGUCUCUCUCUCUCGUUUACCAACGUAUUUUCAGUGGUAAACCCUUUUACCAAGUUGUCUGUAGUCCCAUCGCUGCAAGGGGCAGUGAACCUGAAUAAAAUCCUCGUAAUCUUCGGUCAUUCUCUUGA